AUGGUACGAGUUAUCUUUAGAAACAAAAUGGGGGCAAAAUGAACGAACCGAUCCGACGCCCGGAACAAGGUUCGCCAAGAUCAAGUCCCAGGGGGUCCCGCUCACCGGCAUACCCCCGUACGGACUCCUCGGGGACAUUGAAGACAACAAUAAGCCUUGGAAGAGUUCCAUCUGUCAUUCACUCUGGACCAUUUUAUCUCGUCAAAGACAUCGGUCCAGCACAUCCGUCUCACUCUGGCAUUACUGGCAGCACCAACCUGAUGAUUCACUAUGGCCUCCAGAACUCAUAUAGCAAGUUUUGUAAAAAAGAGGGCAAGGAGGAGCUGAGUGCAUUUCUGCCAAAUCUUCCAGGAUAUAUAGAUACUCCAGGAAUGCAGGAUAAUAGCUCCUUAAGAUCACUUAUAGAAAACCCACCAAAGACAAGCAAGGAACUUGUACCUUUGUCAGGCCCAGCACUUCAAGGAUUCCGACUUCACCCUGGACCACUACCUGAACAAUAUAGAUUUAUGAGUCAUAUGCCCAGGAAGAAGCACAAACUUAAGAAAAAAGAAAGAGAACGAGAAAAGCCAGGAAACAUGCAGGAUGCUCAAGAUAAUUCACCUGAAGUGAAAACCAAGAAAGUUAAAACAGAGGAAAAGAAGAAGAAAAAGAAGAAAAAUAAAAAGAAAGCUAAAGAGAAAGAUGAUGGUAGUUUAUUCAUUUCUAUACCUCCAACUUGAUGAAAUUUUGGGGUAUAUAAAUAUAGUAUUUCCCCUAAGUACUUUUGUUCAGCCAUUGCUUCCAUUGUCCUAAGCACUUCAGUCUGCAUGCAAAUUUAUGUCUUGGAGAGUUCCUAAUGACUUUAUCAAAACAUUCUGAUAUUUUAAAGUUCAAGUUUGGUCAACAUUAGAAAAUUAACAAAUUCAAUCUACACCGGCCACCCAAUAUAAAGAAAAAUUACCUUGCAUUUGUGCUGAAAUGCCUCACAAGGACAUGUCUCACAAGUUUGGAAGGCCAUAUAGUUUAAAAAUUAAAAAAAGUUCUUAAUUACUUUAAAUAUAAAUGAAUAUAGGUAAUACUUCACAGAAAUAUAUUUCUGUUGUAGAUGAUACGAGGUACAUGUUUGAAUUAAAAUGUCAAGCUUGUUUUGGUCUUUAAAUCAAUACACAGACCCCUGUCAUUUUUAUUCACUAUCAAUCAAUUUGUGAGACAAGAAUACAUGUUAAAUAAACAAGUAUAAUUAAUACUCUGUUGUAAGCAUCUGUUGAAGGUCAAGGUCACUGCUAGCCUCUAAAAAGUUAAGCUUUCUUUUAAGUCUCAUUAAGUGACAAGUAUUGUACAUUUUGUUCAUUGAGAGCUCAUUAUACAGUUAUCCUUCAAUAUUUACAUUAGCAAAUGUUUCUUUAUAUGAACCUAAAGAAGAACAAAAACAUCCAUUUGUGUGCUCAAAUCUUAUGAUAAGCCAUCUGAGCUUCAAAGGAUUUGAUCAUGUGACCAACCAAGUUCAUAUCUUGGUGAACUUUUUAAAAUUGCUGUUCAUUUAUGAAAUAAACCUAGCUUUACGGUAGAAAAUCUGUUUUUACUCAAUCCAUUUAAGUAAAAACAGUUGAAAAUUGCUGUUGUGCUUUCAUGUUAUUAAAGUUUAAUGCAAUCACAACUUUAAAAU